CCCUUCAGUUCUCGCUUGGUCGUUUCUGCUGCUCGACGAGGCUCUCUGAAUUCCCUCUACCAAAUGAGGGUCUUUCGUCGGGCAGGGCUUUUCCAACCAUGGCAGAUGUCCCUCAAGGUGGCAGAAUCGUGCCUAUAAUUGCCCCUCACCAGCAUGGUCCUCCUGAUGCAAGCUUCAUCAGCAAUCCUGAACACCACCAGGAGCAACCGGAACAGUUCCCACAACUGACCCAGUCCAGACGGUCGAGAUAUACACGCGUCAAAGCUGCGGAAACGGAAUGUCUAGAGCUUGAGUGUCUCAACGAGCUGGGGCUCUAUGCUCUUCCUACUGAGGGUGAUGGUAAUUGUCUCUAUUACGCGCUUUCGGACCAAUUGUACGGCGAUUUCACUCAUGCCGACCGAAUCCGCGUUCGUCUCGCAGACCACAUCUCUGCCAACCGAGAUUACUUCAUGAGCUUCAUAGCUGCUGUUGGUGGGGAGCGGAGAGCUCCUAGACGAGCUGCAGCUACUGCCGCCAAAUAUGCUUAUUGUUCCUCCUCUUCCGCUAGUCCGGCCCCUCCGCCGUCGAUCAAGGACAAAGAACGAAGCUUUGAUUCCAAGGUAGCAGAAUCAAGGAAAAACGGGGUGUGGGGAGGAGCAGAGGAAAUCCAGGCAUUUUGCCAGGCAUUUAAAAAGGAUGUCAACGUUUACACUAUGUAUGGGAUCCAGAAUUUCCGAGACGUGCACGCUCCAGGUGACGAGGAAAGAGAGACAGUGCACAUUGCAUUUCAUGAUUUCCACCACUACUCCUCCGUACGACAUACGCAAGGCCCCCACACCGGUUUACCAUGUAUCCCCAAGAUGGACCGAGUUCUCCCAGCCAAUCCCGCGUCUCCCGAAGCCACUAUAGUCAAUAUGGCUACACCAUGGAAAAUAUCUGCCAUUCAGGAAGGUCUUGGGGGGAAGUACGACCGCGGCACGAUCGUCGAGAUGCUCCAGCAAUGUCGAGGAAACAUAGAUAGCGCGUUUAUCAACCUUCUUGGGGACGAUAAUAAUAAUUCGCAAUCCUUCGAAUCUACUGCUUCCCGGGCAAUUAUGAAGUCGCGUUUCCAACCCUCAUCACGUUCCUCGUCGCCUUUCAGUACAGGAAGUAAACGCUCGGCGGACGACAGCGACGUGGAAGAUAACCCGCGCCCGCCUCCCCGACGUCCUCGAAUACGUGAACCGAAGAGACGGAUUCUUCCAGAUGUAACCGUUGGAAUCGCAUUCAGAGACGAUCAAAACGAUUUGGUCUCAUUACGACUUCGCGUCAGUCCCGACAAAGGGGCUCCUCCUGACUCUGAAGUUGAAACCGCUACGGAACGGCUAGAAAACAGCUCGUUCGAGUCAAGAGAAGAUAGCCCAGCGCUCUCGACAAGGGAUAGAAAGACCAGAACCAAGCAGGAUAUCGACUCUGGAGAAACCUCCAGCCAACAAAGCGAGUCAAGUACCACGGAACGAAAGCUACGGCGCAGUCAGCGUAUAUCUAGAACCCGCAAUACUUCUUAAAAGCCUCUUAAUUCGCUACCACACACCACUGCUCUGCCGAAAUCUUCCUCGUCCUCUUUUGGAUCCGAAAAAAAAAAAAAAAAAACGUCAGCUACACGAUAACCUUUCCGUUACAUCGAUAUCACAUGUCCUUGCUUUCAAAUUUAUUCCUGGAUUGCAUUAUAAGCGCGGUGGGCGGUUUCUCUUCUUCUCUUUUCUGUUUCACCAUUAUUUCGUUCUAGAGCGUUUCCGAUCAGCGACUCAGCGGUUGUUUUUUUUUGAAAUUUCUCCGAUAUCCAACAGCAUUUGGACCCGGUUUUGUGUCACAAGUUAUGUUCUUUCCUCCUCUCUACUACCACGCGACCACACGCGUAUGACUUUUCUACCUACCUACCUACCUACCUACCUUUCUAUUACUUGAUGAGGCGUUAAACAA